AUUCAUAACUCGUGAUCAGCUUCCUGGAUUAGAUGUUCCGCGCCAAGGACGAAUGCGCUUUCUCUUCUUCAUUCUGCAACCAACACACCACUAAAUUCCUGGUACCAGGUAGCUAUAGCAGCUAGCUAGCAAGAGAAGCCGAGGCCAUGAUGAUGGGCAUUAAGCAUGUAACUGCUGCUGUGAUUGCAGUGAUGUUUGCAGCCCAAGGUGCCGUGUAUUUCCACCAAGAGUUCGUGUCGGCAAUUUCCUAUGCCAAGGACGAUGGUUCUGUCAGUCGAGCAAGACAAAUUGAAGUCGUCAACCGUACCAUUGGAAACAAAACCGUGCUAAUGGCCACCAUGCAUUCCGUGGCAUUCAACCAGACGUUGCAUCAGAGAAAGAUUGUUGAUGAAAAAACAAGUGGUGAAGAUGCCAGUGAGGAAGAAACAGAUACAGAGGCCGAUUUGGCAGAAGAGGAGUUACGGAAGGAAGAACAAUCUGCAAUUGAAACAACAGAACUGAAGGUGGAAGAAACAUCACAAGAACAACCAGAAACAACAAACACGGAUAAACCACAGACUGACAAUGACAUAGAUCAAGAGACAAAAGCAGAUACAGCUGACCCUGAACCAAAGCAAGACACUCCAGAAAUAGUGCAAACCACAGAAACAACACAAGAAAUAACACCCAGCAGCCCUCAGCCUGAAUCAUCAGAAUCCACUACUCAAGUCAUUAAUAAUAACAAGACACGGGCAGCAACAAAGAAAAUUUCCACAGAUGAAUCAAUCAAAACAAUUCAACAACGGAAACCACUGGCAGAAAUGACAGAGCAAGACAAGUGGGAAGCCGAAGAAGCAUUCUACAAAUACCACAAUGAACAAAUGAAUCUUCUCGUCAAUGACGAUUCCAUUGUCGACUGGAACCGAGAACGACGAUCCAAGGGAAAAUACAGUCGAUGGUUCGAAUUCUUUCAAUUCUAUCAAAUCACCAAGAACCAAAAAACAUUGAACGAUGAUGUCGACCAGAUUGACAAGGUACAAUUUGUCAGAUUCGAUGGCAGUCUUUGUAAACCCACAAAGUUGUUUACCAACUAUCGACAAGAAAAUAUCAAAGCCAACAACACAAAACCACGUCUGCGUCAUGUCCUACUGUCCAAACUGAAUCAGGAUUUUGGAGCCUUCUCCACACAAAUGAAUGGACUCACUGGAAGAUUUGGACAACUCGUCAAGGACUGGGGCAAAGAAGGAUGCACCGAACAAAUGAUCUUUGACUACAUCAAUCAUCCGGACACAUUAGGAGUCUUCACCAAUCAGUUCCAAAUAUACGAUCAUCCCAAGGUCCUAUCCAUUACCUUGGGAUUGUCACCAGGAAGACAAAACACACUAAUCAACUAUUCCAAAGUUUACAGUCCCAAUCGAACCGCGCUUCUCAUGAUCAACAUGAUGGAUCGUGGAGGUCGAAGAUCUGCCAUGUACCCCAUCAUGGCAAGAUUCAAAAAGGAACGCAACAUUGACAUGGUCAACUCGUACAACAACUACGCUGAUGAUGGCAAAAAUGGGACCAAACUUUGUCAUGAAAAAGAUGGAAAGGGCGAUGUCAAUAUCAAGGGAUGCUACUAUCGAGAAAUGCUCGACAGUAAAUUCCUCAUGUCUCCCAAUGGACUCGGAUUGGACUGUUACCGUCAUUGGGAAAGUAUGUACUUGGGUAUAAUUCCCGUCUUGGAACGAAACUCCAAGUACAAAAACACCGAUGGAUGGGCCAAGCGCACAUUGGCCGAUUUGCCAGUCACGUGGAUUGACAACUACGAUAAUCUAUCGCCUGAGUUUUUGGAAGCCGAGUAUGAUCGACUCAUCUAUCAAAAGGAUCCUACUGAAUACAACUUUCGAAAGUUGACACGACAGUAUUGGGUGGACUUGGCCCAUUCCGUGGCGAAUGGAACUUUGGUGCUCUCUUCAUCGUCUACAACAACCAGUCGUCGUCGUCUUAGGAGGAGGCGCCAUGAUGAGAAACGAUGACGGGAUCCUGCGGUUACGUUGACAUGCUGGAAAACAAUCGGAGAAGCUUGCUCCAUUUCCUUGCCGCUACCGGUAUCCGAUUUGACAGCGACAAAACCAAUUUUGCUGUGUCCGAGUCGGGUUGCCAAUCCAGACGACACGAGCUCCUCAUUCAAAGGAAAUUCCUCGACACACUCUAAACCGACCGCCGCCAACAACGCUGGCCGCAAUGCGGUUCGUUAGUGUGCGGUGCCUUUUAGUCUCUGGAUUAAUCCAACUGUCGGUCCACAUCCAAUUUUAAAAGAAUGUACAGUACCGAAUAGUCUUUGGAAUCGGAGCUACUACUAGCUACUUUUAAAACGUAGUAGUAACACAAAUGACAAGACUACCAGUCAAAAAGCCUUGAAAAGACAAAUAAAAGCCCCAUGAUAACAAAUAGUCUGAGCA